AUGACGGUGCUCGGGGAUCAGUCGAAUUACAAGUUGGCCAGGUAUUGUAACGCUGCUGUGGAUUCAUUGAGAACAAGACAAAGACAGGUUGUAAAUCGCACUGCCGUGAAGCUUUCUUUGGCAAGCUUCGGUGGAGGGUGGAUGCCUCGGGGGGAAACGGGAAACCUCCGAGUGCGGGCGAUCAACACCGGCGGCGGGAUGUAUGCGAUGGAUGAGGGAGUCAGUCCAUCAGGUUGGGCGUUCUUGUGCCAUUUUGUGUCGACACAGAAGACCAACAAGUCGAAGGUAAAGCUUACAACGGAAGUAGUGAUGAUAAGCGUUGUGAUUAUGUGGUUUCCUACGGAUAAGGAGGCCCAUCUAGAAUUCGGGUUCGGGGGUCCGAAGGAAGGCACUUUCUCGUGCUCUAUCCUGUCGGAAACGCGGCUGGCGGUGAAGUUGGAGGGGGACAGCAAGUGGGCCCAACAGGGAGGGUCGUUGUACCUGCUUAAGGCUAAGUUCGGAGAGGCGGAGGGCGACGAGGAAGAGGUGGACUACACGAGCCCCGGGCUUAAGGUGGCGACCAUCUUGGACGACCCGUCGGUGUCGGAGAGCCACCUGCACGUCUACGCGUCCCACACGAAGCAUAUCACCAUUCAAGGGAUCGGCUUCCUCUCCACCUUUAACUUCCACGUCAAGCCUAAGGCAAGCGGAGUCGUGAUCGCGGAGGUUCGAAAGGACGACGCUACCUUCAACUGCGAGGACAGCUGCGUCUACGCCAAUGACGGGCAGUGCGACGAAAUCCGGGUGACGUCUUCAGUGGCAUAUCUGGGAAGCUCCUCCAUGCUAGGGGGUGACUCGGACGAUGUCAUCUUGGCAGAUGCCCCAAGCUGCCCACUAGGAACAGACUGCACGGACUGCGGGUUAGAGCUGGCAGAAGACGGCAAGUGCACCAACACGUGCCGGUUCGCAAGAGAUGGGGUGUGCGACGACCGGCGAGCGGUGGGAUUGUGCGCCGACGGCACGGACUGUCAGGACUGCGGGCCGUGGGGUCAAUCGAAUUUCACUGAGGCGAGUGGCGGUGGUGGAGAACGGGUAUGGGAGUCCCCGACGAGCUUGUCGGAGGCGUACGACGACGACGGCUUCUUGGCAAACGAUCCGAAUCAUCCCAUCCUGGACGGACAGGCGGGUAACGGCAUCGGCCGUUUCAAGAGGGUCUUUGUCAAGCACAACUCUAUCCGCAAGGUCGGUUGUUUGUUUUUGUACGCACCGGAGUCGGACCAAAGCAGAAUCUUCGACUGGCCGUCUCACGUUUUGCUGUUUACACACGACAAGAAGUAA